CAAACUACUGCGGACCCGACCCGUUUGAAAUCCGGUCGGUUCUUUCACCUCCUCCUUGAAACGCCUUCGCCUUCGCCUUCGCCUUCGCAGUUGCUUCGCCGAGGUCUUUCCUUUCUCCUCCAAGAAAAAAGAAGACGACGAGGGCUCUCUGAGGAGUUGAUACACCGUCGAGAAAUUUCUCGCCUCUCCUAUCUUCUCCUUCUCGCCGGCGAUUCAUACCAAUGGCGUUCCUCGGAUCCGCCAUCCCCAGCGAGGUUGGAUUGCGCUUGCUGCUUUGCCCGAUUGGUUCUAACAUUGUUAUUAGAACAGCUUGCUGUACAGUAGGGAUCGGUUUGCCCAUUUACUCUACGUUCAAGGCUAUAGAGAAGAAAGACCGGAAUGAGCAAGAAAAGUGGCUCUUGUAUUGGGCAGCUUAUGGAUCUUUCAGUCUUGUGGAAGUGUUCUCUGACAAAAUUCUUUCCUGGUUUCCAUUCUACUACCACAUGAAGUUUGCUUUUCUUGUUUGGCUCCAACUCCCAUCUGGUAAUGGAUCAAAACAUUUAUAUGCGAGGCACCUGCGUCCAUUCCUGUUGAAACAUCAGGCUAGAGUUGAUCGUCUACUUGGUUUCUUGUCCACUGAAAUCGAAAAGUUUAUGAGCACACACGAUGGAGAAAUUCAGUUUAUGAAAGCUCUGGUUGUUAAGUGUGCUACGACAGCUAAUCAGAUGUUGAAGGAUAUCACUCAUCCAGUACGACCACAAGGGCAGAACAUGAUUGAGGGCCCAAGUCCACCCACAAGACAAGAGACUCAUGAUUCAGGGUCAGAUGCUGAUAAUUGACUUUCAGCAUGCCUGCCACUUGGCAGAUCCUUAUCCAUUAUAUGCCGGCGUCUAAUCUGAUGAGGCACUAUGCAGUGUAAAUUUUUCAUCUAUGUUUUCUGCUUACCUAAGCUGUAAAUAUCCAUAUUAUUUGAAGUAGUUGUCAUUUGAAGUUAGCAUGGUGUACACUGGCUUUGAUACUCUCUUUCCAGAUGGUGACACUAGCCUUGAUCUGUAACUUACUUUUCAGCUUCAUGUUGCUAGUUCAGUUUUCUUUCUAGCUUU